GGACCGAGGGAGCAUCUGAAUAGUUUGCAAAUACCAGUGCUGCAUGAUUUACCUGUUGGCAACAACCUGCAGGAUCAUCUAAUGACCUUGCUGUAUUUUAAGUUGCAGGCGCGUCCGAAGGAGCGCGAUAGGCAAGCUAAAUUCAUGGAAAACAUGUUUAACUAUCUGAUGUAUGGCAAAGGCCCGCUCUCUAGUCAUUCCACCACUUCAGUAGUGAGUUUCGUCAAUACAGUGCCAAAUAGUAACGUAACGUACCCUACCACGGAAUUCCACAAUAUCUUCUUUCACUACAGCGACAUUGAUGCUUUGAAGCUUUCCACAGAUAUCUCCGCUAUGCAACCACAGUACGCUAGUUAUUUAAGCAACAUUAUAAACCAAACUGAUAUGAUGAAUAUAUUCAAUGUACUCUCGCAUCCAAAAUCGACAGGACUGGUGCGCCUAAGUAGUAGGAACUAUAAGGACAAUCCGCGCAUUAUACCCAACUACCUGGAUGAUCCCGAUGAUUUGGAGAGUAUGUUGCGCGGAGUGCGUUUCCAGGAACGUCUUGUGCGUACUCAUGCCUACCGCGCUGUAAAUGCCACUAUUCUGCGUAUACCUAUAAAGGAAUGUGAUAAAUGGGUAUAUAGAAGUGAUGCCUAUUGGCGCUGCUACAUUAAAUACUUCUCCACAACGUCCUUCCACGUAACAGGCACUGUGAAAAUGGGCCCAUCUGGUGAUUCCACUGCGUGUGUUAGUCCUCGGCUACGACUGCGUGGCGCUUGGAAUGUGCGCGUCGCUGAUGCAAGCAUUAUGCCUGACGUGGUGAGCGCGAAUACGAAUGCAGCGACCAUUAUGAUUGCGGAACGCGCCGCGGACUUCAUAAAGGACGACUGGACGCCAUUGGACGCAAAGGGAUAAUAACGCUAGGCGGGUGGUUCUGUAUUUUCUAUGCUAGAGCCGGAGCCCAGUAAGAUAUAUGUAUAUGUAGAUUUGUAAUAGAAAUAGAAUCGCGGCUUCCUCAUUUGAUCACUUUUUUCCUAAUGUUAUCGUAUUCUUUUUU